AACUUACCCGCAAGCGCCCGCAAGCAAUCGAAUCCCGCUACUUCCUUCUACUGCUAGUUGUAAAACUACACUGAACGAAAUCGGGGUCCCUGUUCAGCUCGUCGCCCUCCGGUCGUUCCAGUUUGUGUUUUCACUCUUUGACUGCCCACAUGCAAAAAUGUUCCACGCCGAAGAACUCUCGACGACGGGAGUAGCUAAAGAAGAUGAAAUCCACGCCGAAUGGGAUGUGAAAUUUCGCAGGGUGGAUAAAUCUCUGAAUGGAAACUUUAAGGAACACUUCCCGAAUUGUGAGGAGCAUGGAUUUGUAACGAGCGAACCGGGUGGCUUUUUCUUGAUGGACAAGUAUUCACACCAUGCAGAGAAAAUCUAUCGUUUCCAACCAAGAAGUGACGAUGUUUGGGUAGUAACAUUUCCCAGAUGUGGGACAACAUGGACGCAAGAACUGGUCUGGAUGAUCAUGAAUGACUGCGAUAAAAUUAGGGCAAAGGCACCUUUAAUGGUUCGAUCGCCGUUCCUAGAAUUGCCGUACAUGUUGCCGCUCAACGCUACUUCACCAGAAAUCAGAAACAUGAUGGUAACUCUUGAAAUGAUGGAGGAAAUGCCUUCACCAAGAAUUAUCAAGAGCCAUCUUCCGUUCUACCUCCUUCACCCAAAAUUGCUGGAUACUUGCAAGGUUGUAUACGUGGCCCGCAAUCCAAAAGACGUUAUAGUUUCCUUUUUCUACCACCACCGACUGUUUGAUUUCCACUACUUUGACGGAGACGUUGAGAAAUUCGCGCAAUACUUUAUGGAUGGAGAAGUAAUGUUCUCUCCAUUUUUCCCACACAUCCUUGAUGCGUGGAGCAAACGCCAUCAUCCAAACAUGCUUUUUCUUUUCUACGAAGACUUGAAAAAGGAUUUACGCGGAGAAAUAGAAAAGAUAGCCAAAUUUCUCGAUAAGUCUCUUUCGGAAGAGCAACUCACGGAUUUGAGGGAACACUUGCGUUUCGACAACUUUGCAAAGAACGAGUCAGUGAACAUGGAACCGGCCAACAAUUUGGGUCAUUUCAGUACCGAGGGCCACUUCAUACGCAAAGGGAAAACGGGUGACUGGAAAAACCAUUUCAGUCCGGAGAUGAACAAGCGCAUCGAUGAGUGGAUUGACAAAAAUCUGAACGGAUGCGCAGACCUCAAGUUCGUAACACAACUUGAAUUCCAAGAUUGACUCUUCCAUAUCCCCAAAUAUACUGUAUAGAUUCAGUGCCAAA